AUGGCAAGUGAUGGGAUUCUGCCGAGUGGAGGAUCUAUCUGCUGUUCCUUCCCAGACCUACUGUUUCUGCCUGAACUAGUGUUUGGUGGGCUGGUGUGGAUUUUAGUGGCAUGUACGUACAUCAACCCCAAUAACCCUCAGGCCUACGUCAUGGCCGUCUCGCUGUUUUGCUUCAUUUUCACCUUCAUCUGGAUGUCGAUCUUCUCCUGUGGGGCUCACGGGAGCCGCAGCUCCUGCGCUGGUGCAGAUGUGUUGUAUCACGGUUUUGCCGCUUUGCUGUAUCUAAGUGCUUCAGUCCUGCUUGCCUUUACCACUGUUGUUAUCGGAUUUAUCUUUAACAACUCACCAAUUCUAACUCAAGAGUAUUACAAGUUUUACAGACUGGACAUCUCUGCAGUGGUCUUCUCCUUCAUAGCCACGCUGCUCUAUGUCAUACACACCAUUUUCUCAGCCAUCCGGUGGAAGUCCUUUUAA